AUGCUGUGUAAUGUCUGCCAGGACGCAUUCGUCGAGCUGAACCAGCUGGGCGAAGACUCAAACACCAAUCCCACAUCAGGCGAGCCAUUGACCAGAAUUUUCUCUUCGCCAUUCUACAAAGCGAGUCAUCACAGUCUUCCCAGGCUAAAGUAUUCCGCUCUCAAUGGAUGCCAGCUGUGCCAUUUGUUGUGGAUGGCCGCUCCGCUAGAGAUUCACCGGUUCUUGGAUGAAUAUCUGCAGAAUGGACUGCCUGCUCACUGGUUACCAUGCUAUCUGACUCUCAAUCGAGCGAUUUUCAAGGACGAUCUGAAGCCGCGGAGACUGAUGAUGGAGUAUAAGUACCAGACGGUUGUUGUGAACCACGAAGACUAUGUGCAGCCGUUCAAGAAGCAUUUUAGAUUGCUCUCGUGCGAAGAAACGGACAUCGAGGGAGAAGUCCUCAAUGUCGAUUCAAAUACUUGGUCAGAAAACAGCUGGGCCACAGUUCGAAGCUGGAUCUCCAACUGUUUCUCGAAACACAACCAGUGCACGCCAAUCUCAGAACUGCAUCAGCGAAAACUUCCCAAGAGACUAAUUGAAAUCUACAAAGGAAACCGGAUUCGAAUCCUAACCCUAGAAAGAGCUAGCAAUCAUGAGAUUGAAUAUCUAGCUCUCAGCCAUUGCUGGGGUUCUGGUCCCAGACUAAAACUCACCUCUGAAACAGACGCGUUGUUGCGUGAGGGAGUCGAGAUCUCGAAACUUUGCAAAACGUUCCAAGAUGCCAUCGUAGUGACCAGGAGGUUCUGGGACGAUUUUGGUAUACGCUAUCUAUGGAUCGACUCGUUGUGCAUCCUUCAGGACUCUAUCUCCGACUGGCGAAGCGAGUCUGCGAUCAUGGGAGAUAUCUAUCAAAACGCCUUUUGUACUCUUGCGGCCACGGCUGCAGAGGAUGGCAGCCGAGGACUUUUCUCUGACAGGGAUGCCCAAGCAGUCUUGCCUUGUCUCAUUUCUGUGGUACCCUUGAACCAGCCGAAGAAGGUCCUUCGAUGCAUGGACACAGACGACUGGAUUCAGAAUGUCAAUCUUGCGCCUCUAAAUUCUCGCUCGUGGGUCCUUCAAGAACGCCUCCUAUCACCCCGCGUCCUGCACUUUGCUGCAAACCAGCUAUACUGGGAGUGUUCCGGCCAGGAAGCAUGCGAGUCUUUCCCAUUUGGGCUUCCUGGGGAAUUUGGAGAGCAGUUCAAACAGCUUCUACCAUUUUCAGGAGGGCCUUAUGUAGACGGACCGGACCAAAACAACAGCCGAGGGCCAUAUUUGGUGUGGGACGAAGUCAUGAAGAAAUAUUCUGCAGGGAGUCUGAGUCGACAGUCGGAUCGAUUGGUUGCUCUGUCUGGGAUUGCCCGCAAGCUUCAGCGCCAUGUCAUUCCACAAGACACGUACCUGGCAGGCCUUUGGAAAGCGGAUCUACCUUUCCAGCUCCUGUGGGAUGUAGAGGAGCGUGGACACCCUCUGCAAAGUUCGGGAGCUUAUGUAGCACCAACCUGGUCGUGGGCGUCUCGAGUCGCUACGGUGCCGUGUGAGCAAGAGACAUGGACUUCAGCAUCGCCCCUGGUGGAAAUCACGAGUGCAGUCGUGACUUCAGUCGACCAAGACAGGAUGGGUCAGAUAAGCAGCGGUUAUCUACGCCUAUGCGGUGUUCUAGCACGUGGGGGUCUCUCGCGGGUGCAUCAACCUGGCUCAGCGACUCCCGGAAUCGCCUUGAAAGUCGGCGAUAAGACAAUAUCGUCUGCCAUAUGUCGGCUCGACGAGGGAGUCAACAAGACAAUUCAUCUGCCUCACGUUGUUUACUGCCUACCGGUCCUUCGUGGAUUGAGAAAUCGCAUUCCAAGAUACAAAGGUCUCCUACUUGUGCCCACGGGCCGAGAAACAGAAUUUAGGAGAUACGGCACUUUUACCACAGAUUCUUUCGAUGACGAGUUCUUGGUGUCUUGCCAGCCCGCUGUCUUUGAAACAGGAAAACUGAACUCCUUAGGGCGAUAUGAAAUCAUCAUUGUAUGA